AUGGUGCGGGCAGCUGCAAGUGUUCCGUGCCUGCAGUUCUCAGCGUUUCCGGCGGCGGCGGCGGCGGCGGUGAUCCGACAGCACCUUAAGGCACAGAGCUUUGGUCUGCUGGAUCCCAAACUCUGCUACCUGCUAGAUGGAAUACUCUUCAUCUAUGGGGUCAUUGUCACAGCCCUGUACCUGAGAGCAAAGUUCAGCCGGAGUGGAGAUGCUGCCUCCUACCAGCAGGGCUCCAACCAGCUCUACAACGAGCUCAAUCUAGGACGAAGAGAGGAAUACGAUGUUUUGGACAAGAAGUGGGCUCGGGAUCCUGAGGUGGGGGGCAAACAGCAGAGGAGGAGGAACCCCCAGGAAGGCGUGUACAAUGCACUGCAGAAAGACAAGAUGGCGGAGGCCUACAGCGAGAUUGGGAUGAAAGGCGAGAGGCGGAGAGGCAAGGGGCACGAUGGCCUUUACCAGGGCCUCAGCGCUGCCACCAAGGACACCUAUGACGCCCUUCAUAUGCAGACCCUGCCCCCUCGCUAACAGCCAGCAAACUUCCCACUCAUCGGCCUGACCUGAUGAUGUCGAUUGUGAAGGACAAACAUUUCCAACUCAGUCCAUUAAUUUCACAGCCACCAUUUGAUGAAGAGGAUGCUUCCAGCCGUCACAUCUGUCUUCUCCAGUUCCAAAGUACCGUCCACAGAAUGUCGUCCCUGGA